AUGCUGUCGCCGGCUCGUAUGUCGCUGUUGCCGGGUGGUGUUAGGGAACUGGUGUCUGCGCCUACGAUGAGGUCGCGCACGGCAUCGUUAUGUCGGACAGGAGCUUUGAUAAGCGCAAAGUAUGGGAAGAGCUUGGAACAAAAGAGGAUGAUUACGAUUGAGCAAUUGGACAAGAGGAGAGACAAUCGCGAGCGCGUAGUCAUUCUAGGAUCCGGCUGGGCGGGCUUCACAGUCGCCCGCAGUCUCGACUCCUCCAAAUUCCAAACUCUCGUCGUAUCGCCACGAUCCUACUUUGCCUUCACGCCUCUCCUUGCCUCCACCGCAGUCGGUACCUUGGAAUUCCGGACCGCGCUCGAACCCGUGCGCAGCCGACGAACCAAAGUGGAUUUCUUCCAGGGAUGGGCCGACGAUGUCGAUUUCAAGAACAGGACUAUUACGAUUGAAGAGGCGGUUGACGAUCCGAAACAAGGUGUUGCACUGACCACGGACCGACAUGCUGGGGAGACAGCGGAAGAGAGGGAGGCGGAGAAGAAGAAGGAAGCGAAAGUAGGGAAGCUAUUUGAUGUGGAGUAUGACAAGUUGAUUGUGACGGUGGGAUGUUAUAGUCAGACUUUCGGCACGCCGGGUGUAAAAGAACACGCCUUCUUCCUCAAAGACGUAGGCGAUGCGCGCAGGAUCCGGAAUCGCAUCCUAGCAUGCUUUGAAGGCGCGGCCCUACCCACCACCUCCAUCGAGAUGAAGAAGCAGCUCCUCAAUUUCGCCGUCGUAGGUGGUGGACCCACCGGCAUCGAAUUCAGUGCGGAACUACACGAUCUGAUCAACGAGGAUAUGAAGAAACUGUACCCGGAACUUAUUCAGUAUCACAAGAUUACUGUUUACGAUGUCGCGGAGAAGGUGCUUCCGAUGUUUGAUCAGAAACUCGCGGGGUAUGCGAUGCAGAAGUUCAAGCGUAAGGGCAUUGAUAUCAAGACGAGUCACCAUGUUGAGGAGCUGAGGCCGGGGGCGCCUGCCGAAAGAAGCUUUUCAGAUGAUGUGGAUGAUUAUCAUUUGUAUACGCUCAAGGUGAAGGAAGAGGGUGAGAUUGGCGUGGGCAUGUGUGUGUGGAGUAAGUCUCCCAUCUCUCUUAAAUCCUCACGCUCCACUCGAAUGUAUAAGAUAGAAAGACUAACCCCACCCCCAGGCACAGGACUAAUGCAAAACCCCUUCGUCGACCACGCCCUCUCUUCCGUCCGCGAAGCACCAACCGAUCUCUACCUCCCCUCCUCUUCUUCCCAACCCGCCACUCCAGGCAAAGACGUAAAAUGGGUAGUAAAGAAAGACUCUAAAUCCGGGUCUAUCAUAACCGACGACCACCUCCGCGUCAAGCUCAUCCCCUCUACCUCCUCAGGAAAGCCAGGAGAACAAUCAGAAGACAAGAUUAUGCAAGAAGCAGUCCACCCCUCCGUCUUCGCCCUCGGCGACUGCGGAAUAAUCGAAUCAACAACCUACCCCGCAACCGCGCAAGUCGCGUCCCAAAAAGCCUUUUGGUUGGCAAAACGGCUGAACAACGGUUCCUUAUCCACCCCACCAUAUCCAUCAUCUCCAUCAUCAAAGGGCUUCACAUACCGCGACCUAGGCACUUUAGCCUACAUCGGUAACUGGAAUGCGUUGUUCCAAGGCGGCGGCAAAUGGGGUGGGAGGUUGCAGGGAUAUGUGGCGUGGAUUAUUUGGCGGGGAGCGUAUUUGACGAGGACGGUGAGUUGGCGGAAUAAGGUGCUUGUGCCGGUUUAUUGGGUUGUUAAUUGGGUUUUUGGGAGGGAUGUUAGUCGGUUUUAG